GCAGGGGGCUAAAAUGGAAAUAAAUGGAAAUAAAAACACUUCUAACCCUUGCUCUCUUCUCCUCCUAUAGGAAUUCCAGUCUUGUCUUUUCAAAAGUGGAAAGCUCCUCUUCCAGAUACUCCAUGCUGCUGCGCGCUCUGUGUAAACAUCUACAGUUCAGUGUUAAACCCAUGCAUAUUCAGAGUCCACAAUAGGUUAAACUCAUAAUGAGAAUGGGAAAAACAAAAGGCUUCUUUCUUAAAUUUCCCUUUCUCAACUUACCUUACCUUUCUCAAGAAAUAAGAUCUACUUGUUUCUUAUCCUCACAAAUAUCUGGACAAUUUGAGGCAGAAAUAAAAUUGUAGAAUCUCUUGUUUUCAGACCCAGACCUCAUGACCAGUCAGUGUCAGGAUAGGGAAAAGACUCUUGGCUCCGCUAGUGAUCCGAGAGCCCUCAUUAACAUCAGAGCAGUCGGUGUGCUACAAACAGAGGUCAAGGCUCGUGCAAAGUUUUUGCUACUUCAGGCAGAUAAAACUGCUGUUCUGAUAAGAAGGAGAUCUCAGGACUCUUAUAUAUGCUCUUUGACCUUAAAGAGUAAUACUGUCUGUCCCUGCUUGCAUGCUAUUCACCUGUGCCUUUGCCAGAGGGUACUCGCCUGUGGCUGAUGUGACAGAUGGGACCUCAUUGCCCUGUGACAGUCUGGCAUAUCAGCAUAAAACCCACCUCUGCUGGCAGCUUAAGCCGAGAGGGUAGACUGUGAACACAGGUGGCUGAAGAGCCAGCAUGCAUGAUGUAAACGGUAACUUCCAGAGGGGCAGGCAGAGGGGACAGUGAUACUUUACAGCAGCUCUUAAUCCAAGGUAUUUGAAGAGUUUUAUUCUAUUCUCUCUCCCUUCAAAUUCUUCUGCCAUGGGUGGCUGCCUCUUCCACAUCCAUUCUUGCAGUGGUAGUGGCUCCGAUGCAAGCAGUUGUACGAUUUCUUCUCAGAGCAGGGGGGUAAAACCCAGCCGUUCCCAGGAGAGCUGUGGGCUGUUGCCCAGCUCGCUUGCCUCUCAUGCGCUCAGUCUGAUGUGACUGAUGGGGGUUCUGUACUCACAGCUGUCUUGGGGCUAUUCCUCAUGCUGCAAAGGCUCUUUGUCUCAUUCAAAGCCAUGACCUCAUUUUAGAGACAGAAAACAGAGAGGGAGAAACCCACCAACCUGCCAGUGGAGGUCAAAGGGCUUGCUGAGAGAUAUGUUAGCAUCAAACUUCUCCGGCAGGGACACAAAUAACUGGAAUUGCAGACCAGAAAAUUACCAUGAAAAAAUGGACUAACUACCAUGUGAUUACAAAAGAGCCCAUUAGUUCUGUGUGUGUCUAGGAUUCAAAGUAUAUCCUUUGAGGAAGAGCACAAGGUCACGCUCCCAAAACUUGAAGCAAAAGGGACUGUAUAAGUGCAUGCCUUUUGCCUGAUGCUCUCCAAGGAUUGCCGUGCAUGGAGUUUUAGCUGGUUAUUCUCCCUCUUUCCUAGGUGCCGUCCUCAGCAUGGUGGAUGGCAGCAAGUGUUACUUCUGUCAGCAUGAGGGAAGGUUUGGUUUCAGUGUUAGGUGGUAGCAACUCCUGCUGUGGUUAGGAUUUGUCACAGUGUGGUCCCCUCGCUGCUGCUUUGUAGUCAGCCUGUUGGGGUGCUGCUUGGGCUAGCGAACACCCAGACAGCCCCUUGCCAGGGCGCGGCAGGUUGUUUCUGCAGAAUUGGUGGCUGUUGCUGGCUAGGGAUCCCUCGAUGAUCGACUCAGUUUGUGGUCUCACGUGUCAGUGAUAGCCAUGGCCUUUUCUCUGGCAACUAAUUUUUGCUAGCACAUGAGAACUGCCCUCUCCACCCCAAGGCUGGUCCCGAAGACCCAGCUGGUGCCAUGACUAUCACAGCUUUCCAAAUAAAGCUAGAAAUCACAGAGCUCUCAUGUGGUAGAAGUCCUAGCGCUCCCUAGGAGCCACAGUGCACUGGAGCCUGGAAGAUGCAAAGUACUGUGUUGGCUUGCUGCCGAGUCAAGCGUCCUGUUACGCAGCAUCUGCGCUUUAGCUGGAAACGAAGAGUUCUAUUUUCCCAGCCCUGUGAUCAGGUAUUGCAAAGUGGACACAGUAAAACUACUAGUGUUUCUGCCUUCCCAUGGCUGCCUUCCCUACUCUCUACCAGCUGGGAAAUUUUUCUCCUUCUACUCAGCGCUAGUGAUUAAAUCUCAAGUUGUGUGUCAUUGUUUUGGGAGCUCAGGUGACCUGUGCAGCAGGACAGCCAUGUGUUCUCUGCGGGUGGUAACUUUCCAUCAGAACUGGUUUGCUCUUCUCUUUGCCAAUUCCGGUUUGCUGGGAGUGCAGCAUCUGAACGGAAGGGAAGGCCUGGAACGGGAGCCCUGCCUGCCCACGCCUGGACUCAGCACUGCCGGGCCACAUCUUGCAGUAAGAGGAGGAAGAAAAGACCGUUCCUCCACGGUUGCUAAAAAUGGGAGGCAGCAUCUGUCCAGCAGACGAGGAAGAGAAGCUCCAGACCUUGUUGUCUGCCUGUGGGACAUCCCUGGGAGUGCUGCAGAUGGAGUGACGCAGCCCUCUGUCAGUAAGGGGUGUCAGGGCAGCAUGGCACAGAAAGCGUGGAUCAGCAUGCUAUUCCAUAACCGCAAGGCCCAGCUCCUGCUGGUCAACUCCCUGACGUUUGGGCUGGAGGUCUGUCUGGCUGCAGGGAUAACCUAUGUGCCUCCACUACUGCUGGAAGUGGGUGUGGAGGAGAAGUUCAUGACCAUGGUUCUGGGGAUAGGCCCUGUCCUUGGCCUUGUUUUUGUCCCGCUGAUCGGAUCUGCCAGUGACCACUGGCACAGCAGCUAUGGCCGAAGGCGGCCUUUCAUCUGGAUGUUGUGCCUGGGAGUCCUGCUGAGCCUCUUUGUUAUCCCACAUGCCAGCAGCCUGGCCAGCCUCUUUGCCUUCAACACUCGCCCACUGGAGAUUGCCUUCCUCAUCCUGGGCAUUGGCUUACUGGAUUUCUGUGGCCAGGUUUGCUUUACUCCACUGGAGGCCCUGCUCUCAGACCUCUUCCAGGAGCCAGACAACUGCCGCCAGGCCUUCUCCAUGUACGCCUUCAUGAUCAGCUUGGGGGGCUGCAUUGGCUACCUGCUUCCAGCAAUUGACUGGGAUGGCAGCUUCCUGGCCCCGUACUUGGGUGGACAGGAGACUUGCCUCUUCAGCCUCCUCGCCAUCAUCUUCCUCGGCUGUGUGCUGGCCACUUUCUUUGUGACAGAGGAGGCAGACACCCAAGCAGAUGUUCUGGCCGGGCCAACUCUGAAGGAUGCUCCCCCUAAGCCCUUGUCUCCUGCCUGCUGCUCUUGCCAGGUCUCCAGGAGCCUCCUGCAGGCCAGGCAUGUGAUACAGGCCCUGAGAAACCUCUGCACACUGGUGCCACGACUGCACAGCCUCUACUGCCGCAUCCCCAAGGUCAUCCGGCGCCUGUUCGUGGCUGAGCUCUGCAGCUGGAUGGCACUCAUGACUUUCAUGCUUUUCUACACAGACUUUGUCGGGGAAGGCCUUUACCAUGGCGUCCCCAGAGCAAAGCCAGGCACAGAUGCCAGACGCCACUACGAUGAAGGUGUCCGCAUGGGUAGUUUGGGCCUCUUCCUGCAAUGUGUCACAUCCAUCUUUUUCUCGACAAUCAUGGACUGGAUGGUGAAGCAGUUUGGGACACGGGCAGUCUACCUGGCCAGUGUGAUGUUCUUCCCCAUGGCUGCUUUCGUCAUGUGCCUUUCCCACAGUGUCGUUGUCGUUACCAUCUCGGCUGCUCUGACGGGCUUCACCUUCUCUGCGCUCCAGAUCCUGCCAUAUACACUGGCAUCACUGUAUCAUCAUGAAAAGCAGGUAUUUUUGCAUAAGUAUAAAAGCAAAGAGGAGGAAGACACAGCUCAGUUGGACAAGAAAUCGGUCUUCCCUAAAGGCCUUCUCUCCAGCCAGAAGCUGCCUUACCAGAAUGGACACUCUGGAGGCCUCUUCUCUUCUUCCUCUUCCUCCUCGUCUCCUCCAGCUGCCAGCUCGGCCCUGUGCGUCAGCUCCUCCUGUGAGGUCUCACUCAUGAUGAUGGUGGGAGAUCCGGACUCUGUGGCCCCUGGCCGAGGGAUCUGUCUGGACCUGGCCAUUUUGGACAGUGCUUUCCUCCUCUCUCAGGUUGUCCCGUCCCUCAUCAUGGGGUCUAUCGUCCAGUUCACACAGUCAGUGACUGCCUACAUGGUAUCAGCUGCUGGCUUUGGCCUCAUAGCCAUUUACUUUGCAACCAAAGUUGUCUUUGAUAAGAGUGACAUGGCCAAGUAUUCAGUGUGAUGUGGAAGACACAGGGGCAGCACGCGGGUGGGUGCCUGUGUGUGGCCAAACAAGACACGUGUGUACGUUCACAUAGCCACUUGUGGGAAGCCUCGUGUUGUGUGUGCUCUCCCCAUGCUGUUUCUGGGAGCCCUAGGGAUCUGUUCUUGGGCUGGGGGCAGGAGAGAUGCAGCAGAGCUUAUCUCAGGUGUAAAUAUGAGGCAUCGGGGCAUUGUGCUUCGGACCAUCAGUGCUUUUUACGUGGUGCCUUUAUCAAAGGAAAGCACUGCACAAGCAGCACCAAAGGAGAUUGUAGGGGUGAGAGAAAGGAAAUGGACUUUUCCUUUAAAAACGGGUCAUGUUCCUGUGUAAUUCUACCUAAGCUGAGCAGGAGAAGCAGUGGUAUGGGGAAGGGAGGAAGAGAUCAUUGACUAUGCUGUUUUCCAUUUGUAGUUGGAUCCUCUUCCUCUGCUUGCUCUAGUUUUACUCAACUUCUUGAGUAAUACUUCUUCAAAUAGGACAUUGGGAGGAGAUUUGCUUUGAAAAAGGCUGGGUGGCUAAGAUGUAACCAGGGAGCAAAGCGGGGUGCCUAUGUGUACACAUGUGCUCCAGCCCUUCCCAAUCUCUGUUCUGGCUGGCAGAAACCAAUUUAGGAGAAAAGUUAUUAUGCCUUGUUUUAGAAAAACAAAUAACAUUUCAUUAGGACCAGUUCCAAAAGGUGACUUAUCUUUUACCUAUGUACCGAGAUUCAUCAGAUGGAAAGGACUUUUUUUUUUUUGAACCAACUGUUCUAACUUUCCCCACAUAGUUCUGAUUAACUGUGAUCUUGCCUUCCUCAGAGCUCAGAAGUGUAGCCUUCUCUCUUCCAGUGCCUUGUAACAGAUCUAGGCUUCUACACCUGGGUCGUUCGCCUUUUACAUCUGGGUCUUAAAAAGAUGCAGCAACAUCAGAAGGAAAAGCCGUUCUCUGAGGGUUUUCGGUCCUAUAACGAUGAAGUAAAACAGAGAGAUGCCUCCUAGAAGGUCAUCCCAAGAGCUCAGGACCAAACAUACCAGGCCUGAGGAAGGUGGAGGAAUUGCUUGUCCCUGAUGGCCAGCUGAACUCAGCAGUAGUCAGUGCUUCAGUAGCUACCUCUCGUCAGUCGCUGGCUGUGUCAGCGUUCCCUGCAAAACGUGGCCCCGAAGCAACCUUCUAGACCAGACCCUUCCUCCCAAACAGAAAGGGCUGGGGCUAUGCUUGCUGGCAGGCUGGAGGGCACCUUGCAGAGCCCACUGCACCCCAGUGUUCAGCAUGUUGGCUGAAUUAAUGCAUUGUCAGCACAGCCAGGCAGCCUGAUCGAGACAGUGUCCUAAACAGGAGGUAGAUAGGAUGAAAGAUGCCUACAGCCACUAUGGCAGCUGCUUUCAGAGCAGUGUAAAUCUAAUUCUUGGUGUUUUGGACAAGAGAAGUAGUAGGACAGAAACUCUUGGGGCCAGUUGUGCCUGUGGUUUGCUGAUCCUCAUUAUGCAUUUACUAUGUUAUACUUUUUUAAAUUUCCAGACAGGAGUCAAGAUUCUUAUCAGGGCACAGCAUAAACAAGGUCACCUGAUAGAGUAAAGCAAAGUGUCUCUUGCUCCCAUAGUGGUGGGACCAAAAUGCUCCUGGAUUGUUUAGACAGUUUAGCUCACAGACAUGAGUCAUCUUCCUCUGGCAAAAGGCUGGCUGCAGCUGUGUGCGCUUCUGGCUGGUCCUGUGCCUGAGGUGAGCAGAGCAGCUGGAGUAAUUCUGCUGAUGGCCGAUCUCUGCCACUUGAAGAUUACCCAUACACCAAGUGGGAGUCAAGAUCCUGGCCCAUAGAAUUCUUUAGAAUUUGAAGUGAUCCAUACUCUGUCAGCAAUGUGUAGAAAGAGCCAUAAAUUGGGCCCUUGGAGGCUGGGUUGCAAGUCUGCAGAAGAAGUUUCUACAAAAGACAACAGUCCUUAACUUUGGCUGGUCUAAACAAAGUGUUUGUGACUAAUAUGCUCUUAAUUUGCUGUGGAGGAGUGUGGGCAGUGAGAUCCACUGGUGAGGCUCUGCUGAAGGGCAAAAUGUUGCUAUUUUUGCAAGGUCAUGUCAGGCUGUUUUUUGGCAUGGAAGCAGGGUUACUCCCCUGCUGUCUGCAAACAGAUCCUGAGAGGGCUUCUCCUAAGUUUUUUAAACUUCUCUUUCCUGUAAAGGGUGACUGUUUUUGUUUUAUUUCCUCUCAAAUUAUAUGCCUACCAGCCUCCCUUUCCCACACCGAGGUUUGUGUGCUGAAGUACAGCUGUUUUGGGAAUGGAUCUGGCAGCUGCUUAACCAUCUGUGGAAACAGUUUUUCUUCUGCCCGUCCUACCUUGCUCUCAUCCACUUGAAGCUUUAUGAGGAAGUUUUUGAGGCAAAAUGUUAUUGCCAAAGGUGGGGUGUUUCUUAGGUGAAUGCUUCCGCUGAUCAGUAACCUCUAACCAAGGUUUUCUAACAGGUCCCUGAGUGCUGAGGUACCUUUUUUUUUUUCUUCCUCUGUAUAAAAUGUGGGGAGCCUUCACACACAGAGGCUGCUAAGGUGCUUUUUGAUAAUUGAGCCAUUUCUUGAAGGGCCUAAAAAGUUCUUCCAUACCAAACUUCAGGUGUACGGGUUUGAUGAUAAAGUCCUUGAAUGCUUCAUUAUGAACAUCCAAGUGAUCCUUGAGAAAGCAAAGGGCUGGAGGAUGAGACAGCCUUGUUUUAUAACAUCCUUUGACUUGAAAUGUGAGAGAACAAGAUGCUGCAGUUCUUGAUCCAUAGCCUGUAUCUCCUCUUCAAGAGGACAGAGCUGCAGCAUGCCAGGUUCCCUGGCUGACCUGCCCUCCAUGCACGCAGGUGGCUUUGGUGCAGCUGUAGCCUGGCCGUAGCUGGUAGACAGGAGUAGGCUUGGGCUCAUGGUAUGUGCAAGGAGGCUUUAUGCAUUGGCUGGACUGCAGGACUUGGGAUCACUGGCCUUGGACCUGUCCUUAACUGGCAG